CAUGCGCAAUACACAUGACUAAAAAAUCAUAACAAGUUCACUACCCUUAGCCUAAGAUAAAGUAAGUUUUAAGUAGACCAAGAAUUAUUAAAUGAAAGUGAGAAAGACAAGGGCGGUUUAAGGCCUUUACUUAUUUUUACUUGGCCGAAUGAAGAUAUGAAACAAACAAGAACCCUUUUAACAUACUUCUGGAUUUCUGUGACUUUUAUCAGUCCAGGUGAAAAUGCUAAUCAGCUUAAUGAAUACAUUCAGCACUAUGAACCACUGUCCUAUAAUCCAGAAGAGAUACAUAAAAGUCAUCUGCGUGCCAAACGUUCUCUCCAUAGUUCUCUUGUAUCUAUAAAUUUUCAUGCACAUGGGAGGCAUUUUCAAUUGAGAUUAAAAAGAGACACGGAAGUAUUAUCACCAGAUAUUAUAUUUGAAACAGCAGAUGGUUAUCAUGAAGAAUUAGACACAUCACAUUUGUAUAAUGGUAUCUUGUGGGGAGAACCCAACACAAGUGUGUAUGGUUCAAUAAGAAAAGGAGUAUUUGAGGGAAAAAUUCACACACGAAGAAAAACGUACUAUGUUGAGCGAGCACAUAAAUAUUUUGGGAACAGCACAGAACCGUUUCAUUCCAUCAUUUAUACAUCCAAUGAUGUUAAAGAUCCCUUUGCUGCUAAAAGACAAGGAAUUGCUGGUUGUGGUGUUACAGGAAAUACACUUCAGUGGAUGCAAGAUAUUAGUAAUUCCGCUGAUCCAGAAGUAAAAGAAACUAGCUCAUUACCAGGUUCUGCUGAAGCCAAAGAUAACAAAAGACCUAAAAGGUCUGUGCUUGAAGAGAAUAAUUAUCAUAACUUAUAUACUAGAGAAAUUCAGUGGAGGGCACCUCCUCGUUCUCAGCCCACAAGAACUCCAGAUAGAAGAGCAUGUUCUUUGUAUAUUCAGACAGACUCUUUUCUUUGGGAGCAUGUGAAACGUCAUGAAUCUACUGAUACAAAAGUUAAAGAAGAAAUUAUUUCACUUGUAGCACAGCACAUCAAUGCAGUAAAUCGUAUAUACGAAGAUACAAAUUUUAAUGGAUAUACUGGAAUAAAGUUUGUUGUUCAGAGAGUAAAGAUUAAUGAUUCUUCCGCUUGUGAUACACCUAUUAAGAGAGGAAGCAAUCCCUAUUGUAUUCCCAACAUUGAUGUAUCCAACUUCCUGAAUCUAAACUCUCAGACUAAUCAUGAUGAAUUCUGCCUUGCAUAUGUUUUCACAUAUAGAGAUUUUUCUGGAGGUACUCUGGGUUUAGCAUGGGUUGCUUCAGAUUCAGGAGCUUCGGGAGGAAUUUGUGAAAAAUACAAAUCUUAUACAGAAAACAUUGGAGGCCGACAAGUGCAGAACAAAAGAAGUCUCAAUACGGGAGUUAUUACUUUUGUCAACUAUAACAGUAGAGUGCCUCCCAAGGUUUCUGAAUUGACUUUAGCACAUGAAAUAGGUCACAAUUUUGGGUCACCACAUGACUAUCCUGAAGAGUGUCGCCCUGGUGGUAGUAGAGGGAACUACAUCAUGUAUGCUAGUGCAACAUCUGGAGAUCGAUUCAACAACAAUAAAUUUUCUCCUUGUAGUGUUAGAAAUAUCAGUGCUGUCUUGCAAGCUGUUUAUACCAAUAAUGGCAAAGAAAAUUGUUUCUUGGAGGAUGGAGGACCUUUCUGUGGUAACAAAAUAGUUGAGGAAGGAGAGGAAUGUGACUGUGGCUGGGACAUCAAUGAGUGUAGUGAAACUUGUUGUUAUCCAAAAGAAGUGGAACCAUACAAAAGACAAGACCCAAGAGCAAAACCUUGUACCCGACGCCCAGGCACUCAGUGCAGCCCAAGUCAGGGGCCUUGUUGUACAGAUGAUUGUCUCUUUGAAAACAGCCGAAAAUUGUGUCGGGAAAACUCGGAUUGCAGUUACAAGUCUAUGUGUGGUGGUAGGAGUGCAUUGUGUCCCACAUCACUUCCUAAGCCUAAUAAGACUGAAUGUAAUGAAGGCACCCAGGUAUGCUGGAUUGGAGAAUGUAGUGGGUCUAUCUGUGAGAAGUAUGAUUUGGAAGAAUGCUUUCUGUCUAGUGACCAUGGAGUAAAACCAGAAAAAAUGUGUGAGGUUGCCUGCCAGGAGCAGAAUCAACCUGUAACUUGUAAGAGCACAUAUGAAAUUGAAAAAAUGAAAGAUAUUAAGGGGAUCAAACUACGACCUGGAUCCCCAUGUAAUGAUUUCAAAGGGUACUGUGAUGUCUUUCAGAAGUGUCGAGCUGUAGAUGCAGAAGGUCCUCUAGCUCGACUAAAAAAUCUCCUAUUUAACCAGAAGACACUCAUGGAUAUUAGGCAGUGGGUUACGACCUAUUGGUGGGGUGUUAUGAUGAUGCUGAUUGGAUUAGCUAUCUUCAUGGGUCUGUUUAUUAAAUGUUGUGCUGUUCAUACACCAAGUAGUAAUCCGAGAAAACCUCCUGCACUUCGUAUCACAGACACCCUUAGGAGACCAGCGGAUACACUCAGAAGAAAGAGACAUCAAUCAGCACAUCAGCAAGGAAGAGCUGCACAGGGUCGAUCGGUCACCCAAGCUGAAUCUUUUCAACAGGCUCCUCCUAGUGAACCACCACCACCUUACUCUGGACCAAGUCCAUCUGCCCCACCUUCCGUUCCUGGACCUUCCUGGGGUUAUGGAGAGGGGAGAGGCCAUUACAAUAGAAAAGAAAGAAAUUGUCCCAAACCUGGUGUCCCCAGUAGUCAUGUUGAGGAAAAUAUGUAUGCUCCUGCGCGACCUGGACGAAGUAAUGUAAUGGAAAUGAGGUCCAAAAAUCGUGCCUGACCUUGAUCAAUCCAUAGGCUUUAACUUAUCAUAAAAUAUCCAAAUAUUGGAAUAUAAAAACCAGACAGAAUAAGAUGCAUGCCUCCAUUUCAUGGGGUGGAAUGUGUCUCAACAGAUAUCAGGUCCUCUCAUUUAUCCAGUAUGGGAGGGGGUGUUUUUGACUGGUAUCACCCAACUGCAUGGCAUUUAUGUCACUGUCCAUCAACACAGGCCUAUUAAACAGACUUGAGUCUUCAUUAAUGUACAUCGACUAACAAAGAUUUAUUUUCACACCGAUAGAAGAACAGCACCAAGGAGCUUUAUGGUUUGUCAGUUUUUCUUUUGUGUCAGGUUUUCACAGUGAACUUAGCUUACAGUUUGGUGAUAAGAUUGUUUAGUCAAGCUAAUAUGCAAAUGGUAUGGUAAAUAAUUUAUGCUUUACACUUUGGGUGAUUUUAACUGAAGUUUCACUGGUUUACAGAUACCUAAAACAAAACAUAAGUUUUAUGUGUUGGACAUUGUAUUUUGAACAUCUUUUUUUUUAGCAUUGGAUUUUAUUGAUUACAAUUGUGUAUUAAUUUCGUUUUUAUGUAGUUUGCUAUUUUUUAUUCAUGUUUUUUAGGGAUCUCAGUAAGUUCAGUAAUAACUUGUGCAAUUUUGAGAUAUAGUUUUUUGAGUAUCUAAAGUUUAUCGUGGAGGUAGAAAAAAAGUUGCAUGUGCCUACAGCUUAUCAGUUUUUAUAGUCCUGAUAAAAAGUAAAGUUGAGAUAAUCACAUUUUUGUUGAAUUAAAAUUACUUUUAAUAAAUGUAUGUUAAUGUUAAAAGCUAGGUAAACAUAAAAGUGAAUAUAGUAUGUCUAGAAAUUUCACUUCAAUAUUUGACAUUUUUGAAGUUAAAACAUAAUACAACUUGCAUGUAAGUUAGCCUAAUAUGAUGUUUUAGCUUCAUGAUUUGUGGAUAUUGUGUUACAGUUUUAAGUGACCAUGAUUCUUUCAACCCUACUAUUUUCAUUCUUAGUUUUUGCGUGUAUAGGUAAAUGAAAAAAAAACUUCAAAAUAAGUCACAAAAUAUAAAUAGAAAAUGAUAAUAUUACAAUGUUUUCCUCUUUUCAUUAGAAAGUUUGUACUAUUAAUUGAAAUUGCACUUGAAAAAAAAAAUAUAUUUUGUCCUGUAGCUUCAUUUUACAGUAGAAGAAAUUAUAUUUUCUAAACAAAUACUGUAUUUACACAUAGGUGUUUAAGUAGUAGGGUGUAAUUAUAGUAUGUUCUUUCUUUUUAUAGACCGUAUUUCUGAUAUAU